AUGGUCUUGCUCAUGCCCUUCUGCGGCUUGAUUUUGUUUUACUGCAACCUUCUCGUUGCCCAGUCUGUCCAAAACCUCGGUGUCUCGUGUAUUGCCAGCUCUCAAAACUGCGGUCCACGUGGAGGCAUUGGGGACGGGGCCUAUCCUGUGUUGACUCCUCAAUCUUUCAUGACCGAUGCUCUGAUUCCCACAGUUCCAAAUACCACUCGUCAAUUGGCACCUGGUCCGCCACCCGUUCGCUCGUCAACAUACCCAAGCAGCUCAUCAUCAUGCCCACCAAGGCGCAAUAUUAUUAUUGACUCGGCCAACGGUGCGCAACAAGAGAUGGUUGGUUUUGGACACGCUUGGACCGACAGCGCUGUCAGUGUGUUCAAGUCCCUGGAUAGUGCUACCCUCGCCCGUGUCCUGGAAGAUCUCUUUGGCCAGAGUGGCAACAACAUGGGCUUUAUGCGACAUACCAUUGGAUCAUCUGACUUGUCAGGCGAACAAUACACCUACGACGACAACGGUCCCAGCUUCAACGAAGGAGAGCCUGACUUUGACCUGUCUAAUUUCAGCCUGGGCCCGUAUGGCACUGGUCAGGCCGAAUUCAUCGCUAAAAUGGGUGCUGUCAAGGGUGAUGUCUUCCUCUUCGGUUCACCAUGGUCAUAUCCUGGAUGGACAAAGUACAAUGACCUGUUCAUUGCGCCGAAUCUAAAUGUGGACGGGGGUGGAAGCUACAAUAUCCUCAACAACAGCUUCAAUCCAGCGUACGUCCCGCAAAUGGUGGGAUAA